AUGGUCGUCAACGGCCGUCCAUUAAAGAGGAUGAAAAGAAGAGUAACGGCCGACCUCAACGAUUUUCUAACUUUCCCCUCCGGCGAUUUAACGCCGACGGCCCCUUUCCGUACCAGCGUCCGUGAGUUUUUGCUACGGCACGCGCUCCUACCCCCGCCGUCGUCUCUCCUACCGCAUCUGCUGACGUGGCAGAUCCUGUUCCGGGUUGGGGAACAGACGAGCUCCGCCGUGGGCGGUGGCGAUGCUGCCGAGUUGUUGGGUGGAGCGGGAAUCCUGUAUGUGGAAAGAGAUACCAUUUCAUAA